GAGCGGGAGGCGGCGGAAGGGCCCGUGAGGAGCCGGGAGCCGCCGCCGGAGGAAGCCGCCGCCGUCGCCGCCGCCCUCAGCGUCCGCCCGAGCCGGGAGGGAAGAGGCCCGCAGAGCCCCCACCAUGAACAAGUUGAAAUCAUCACAGAAGGAUAAAGUGCGUCAGUUUAUGGUCUUCACGCAAUCUAGUGAAAAGACAGCGGUGAGUUGUCUGUCUCAGAAUGACUGGAAGCUAGACGUUGCAACAGACAACUUUUUUCAAAAUCCUGAACUUUAUAUACGAGAGAGCGUUAAAGGCUCGUUGGACAGAAAGAAGUUAGAACAGCUAUAUAACAGAUACAAAGAUCCUCAAGAUGAAAAUAAAAUCGGUAUAGAUGGUAUACAGCAGUUCUGUGAUGAUCUAGCUCUCGACCCAGCCAGCAUUACUGUACUCAUCAUUGCAUGGAAAUUCCGAGCUGCAACACAGUGUGAAUUUUCAAAGCUGGAGUUCAUGGAUGGAAUGACUGAGCUAGGAUGUGACAGCAUAGAAAAACUAAAGGCUCAGAUUCCUAAAAUGGAACAAGAAUUAAAAGAGCCGGGAAGAUUUAAGGAUUUUUAUCAGUUUACUUUCAACUUCGCAAAGAAUCCGGGACAGAAAGGUUUAGAUUUAGAAAUGGCCAUUGCCUAUUGGAAUUUAGUACUUAACGGAAGAUUUAAAUUUCUAGACCUGUGGAACAAAUUUUUGUUGGAGCAUCAUAAAAGAUCAAUACCUAAGGACACCUGGAACCUUCUUCUAGACUUUAGUACAAUGAUAGCAGAUGAUAUGUCUAACUAUGAUGAGGAAGCCAAGAACUGCUAAUUACCUUCAAUCGUUGGCGGCAGAUCAGUUCAGUGAGUGGAGGAAACUAAACUUCCUGAUACUUCCAGAACAGAGGGGAGCAAACUUCUACAAUUUUAAUAAUUAUGAACAGUUCUCAUUCCCUUUUCAUCAAGCGAAUGGGCUGCUGCCCACAAUAAGUCAACGUAGUUUAGAAAGAUUAAAGGCAGAAAAGAAUGUUCUGAUGAUUUGGAAUAAAAAGCCUUUCAGGAAAAAACCCACCCCCCCGCAAUUAUUUUAACUUUCACGUGAUGAUGGUGCACAUGAUCAGGAGAGUGGCAUCUCUUCGGAUAUCACUGCCCAUAAUGUGACAAAUGUUUAUAUGCAUUUCAGCUACCCCUUGAUAAGGAAUAUGGAAGAGCAUACGUAGUACAAUACCAGUUUUGUAGGGCAUUGGCUAUUGGGGUGCAUUUUGUUGGUUUUGGGUAAGACCACCUAUGCUGAUUCUAACAGAUGAGCGUUGCAUUCAUGCAAGAUCACAUUGUGAGCUGUAAAUGCCUUAGUGUGCUGUGACAUGGUGCUACUUAAACAUAGGCUCCUUCAUAUGAUGUUCAGUGUUUUUUUGUUGGUUUUUUUUUUUUUAGCAGUUAUUGCCAUCCUGGAUACUAGGUUUGACUUAUGGCUCCAACAGCAGUACAGUUUUUAAGCUAGAACUUUUGGUUAGGAAGAUGAAGGAGGUUAUGAUCCUUGAAAGGGUUCUGUAUUAACUGGGUUUAAAGGAAUGGAGAAAUCUUGAGCCAUAUGUUAAAUCUGAAGCAAGUAAACCAAAUUAGCGUUAUUACUAUUUUUUUUUUUUUGCUUGAAACUAGUUAAGAUUGGGAAGUAAAUAACUUUAGCUCUGAAGCUCUAAAAAAGAAUGCUGCUUUGAUCUGAUUUCUUAUGUUCUGAUCCUUUUUUUUUUUUCUCUUUUAGGGGCAUGGCCAGUUCUUAUCGAUGACUUUGUGGAAUUUGCACGCCCUCAAAUUGCUGGGACAAAAAGUACGACAGUGUAGCAUUAAAGGACCCUUCUAGAGUGUACAUAGUCUGUACAAAUACCUGAAAUGGAAAAUUGCACAGUCAAUUUCUGCUGGCUGGACUGAACUGAAGAUCAAUCCUCACAAUGUGGCUGAGGGUUGAGACAAACCUUUAAGGAUACAUCUUGGACCAUAUCGUAUUUCAUUCUUCUACUGGUGGUUUGGGCUUUUCUUCUAGUCUGGACCACUCUUGCCCGCUAAAAUUCCAACAUUGUGGAUUUCAUCAUGGAUUUUUUUUCUUGUGUGUGGACCACCCUAGUUUCAGCUCCCAUAAGUCCUAGAAGCUUUAUAAUUAUUUUGAGGUUUCUGGUUUCACAUAAAGCACAAUGCUGGUCAUCAUCAGACAGCUAUUACAUGGCAUCUGAAUUAUACAGAUCAACAUCAAAACAAUUUUUAAAGGAAUCCUUAAAUAUACACUUGGGGCUAGUUGCAAAGACUAUUGAUAGCACUUCCUUUAAGAGUGAUAUAUUUAAGUGUACUGGGUCUGAUUUCUUCCUUUUUUUUUUUUUUUCUUUUCCGGAAAACUACAGGUAUCGUCUAAGUGAGUUUGAGCAUCUGGUAAAAACAAUUACAGAAAGAAACAAGAAAAACCGAGGUUGUUGAUAUUGGGCUAUCUAGGUGCCUAUCUGAAUGGUUUGAUUGUACAUCAGCUGACUGUGAGAGCAGUUGAAGUACGACACAACUACUGUGCACUUACAGCACCUGCGUUUAAUGUUCUAGUCGGCCUUCAGUGAGUGUCAUUUGGAUGAACAGUGUGUGUAAGGGUAGAAUCUAGUAUGCUCUAGGUUAUUAUCUAAGAAAAUAGAUUUCAUUACAGUUUUGAAAUGCUUAUCUGUCUGUCAAAGGAAGGCUUUUUCAUUUCUGUGGAAAUCUAAAACUUGAAUAUGCUGAAUUUGUGUCUUAAGUUUGCUACACAAUACAGUAUUUUAAAUUCAGACAUGAAACUUUUAUGCUUGAGGUAUAAAGAAGCAAAUGGCCCUGAUAUAAAAAGAAGGUGGUGCGUUUGAAAUGAAACUAGGUUUUGAAACCAUUAUCCUGAGAAGUAAGUUAAAUCUUUAUAACAUAUAGGUACUGCUGUUAUAGAUGACACCCAUUUUUAAUUAUUUUGUUGAGCUUUCUGUAAAAAGACACGUCACUGUGGUUGCCAAAUAUAGAAAUGCAGAGUAAAGCGUUCCCAAACAGGCACAGAUCAGAUACAAAAUACUACACUGGCUUUGUUUGCUUAAAUUAUUUUGUUGGUUCAUCACUACUUCUCAUUGUCUUUCUGCAGUUAACUAAAUCAAGUUCAUUUUGUUCAAAACAGGUUUUAUCAGAUGCGCUUCUUUAUUUUUAAUAUUACAAGAACUCGUGAACUGCUUUUGCGCUGAACAUGGUCUUUACUUCUCACUUAGUUAUUUGUGAAGAGAUCUGGUAUCUUGAGAUAAAUACUACUCUGUAAAGCAAGCUGGAAGCUACCAAGCUCCAGGGAAAAAAAGAAAGACUAUAGCUACAAAUAAGGGUAGAGGUUUGAGUCCAUGUGCUAAAUAGUCCCACGGUAAGGCCAGAAUUAUUUCUGAAAUGAGUAAUUGGUACUUGCACUAAACAGCAGCACGCUUCUAUGCAGAUGCUAAAAGUAUUUUAGGAAAAAAUUGACUAUUAAGCUGCUAAAAAUGCUUAUUUCUAUUCUCUGAGGUUUGACCACGAGGCUAGCUUCCUCUUAUAGCAGUGCCCUUUUAAGAAAAUCCAGCUGUGCAUUUAUUUCAAGAAUACAGUUCCACAGAAACAUUGAUUUUCUCCAGCUACUGGAAUUGGCUAUGCCAAAAAAUGUGUGUUUUGCUGCUUUUCAGUAUUUCCUUUCUAAAUUUCGUGUAAAUAUAAAUGGGGAUUUGAAAUUAUGGGGUGGGUGUGUGUGUGGGGAAAAAAGCUCUACAAGGUAUCUAUGCGUGCUGUUUCCUGUGUUGAGGGUUUUGGUACAGUUUCAGAUUGAUUUGUUCAAGUAUGCUGUUUGGGAAGGAGAACUGACUUGGGUUUUUUUAUCCCAAUACAGACUUGUCCCUCAAAAAAAGUCUGAGAUUGGGUAGUGGCAUAAUGCCGUGGUGUUUUAAAGAAUAUUCCUUUUGAAUGCAAGAUCUUUUCAACAAAAUAGUGUUGUCAUCAGUUUGGUACUACGUGCUUAUAAUUACUGUGUAAUUAUAAAGAAAUACAAAAAACUUUGACUAAUUAUGUUGCAGAAAAAGGUUAUUUGUGCUAUGAUGGCAUCUUAAGAAUUUUUCAAAACAAAAUUGAAAGAAACAUUGAUUUAACAGGGUGUUGUUCUAAGGACAAAAUGCCUGGUUACAGAGAAUAUUUUGUACUGAAAAGUGCUCAGAUGUGGCCAUGUGUUUGUUUUUUUCCUUUAUAUAUUUGUUUUGGUUUAUUUUUAAGAAUGCAGACAGUUGCUUACUUGGAUUGCUUUAAUUCAUAAGUGCUAAUGUCCUCAAUCUGAUGAUCUCCCCUUAAUGGAUCAAUUUAAUUUUGCCAAAUGUCAGGAAAAAAAGGUAAACAUCAAGUUUAUAACCUGUUUUUAUACAUUAAAUGUGUACAAAAUUAGAAGUGCCCUGAUAUAAAACACUUACUUAAUCUCAAGAUUAUAUUUAGUAAAAAGCAUCAUUUACAUAUCUCUGUAAGUUCAAAUGUAACUUCUUACAAUCCCUCUCAUUACCAACAGAGGCAAUAAAGCUCCAGUGAAAUUGCCA